AUGCACGGCAGCAUCUCUCGCCUUGCUCUGCUGAGCUUGGGCUCGGCACUUGCCCACGCUGCUCCGCAGCUUGACAAGAGGACCUACAAGACCGUCACCGUCACCGUGUCGGCUUGUGGCGACCACUGCCUCGCCAGCUGCACCCCCAGCACUGUGACCGUCACGGGUGAUUGUAGCACCUUCGUGCCUCCAACCACCAGCGUCGAGACCUCGACCCCUCCCGGUACCUCCGUCACCUCCACCUUGCCCGCCACCGUGCCUAGCAGCGAGUCGUCGACGGCCCCUGGUACCUACUCCACGACCGUCGUGACCACGUCGUCCAGCAGCAGCAGCAGCAGCAAGUCGUCUCGCAGCCACUCGCUCAAGACGACUCGCAACCACUCGACCAAAGUCCACAGCCACAGCAAGUCCAAGACGACUCUGACCAUCACCUCGUCUUCGACCGAGUACCCUACGACCCCUGGAACCACCAUCGAAUCCACGGCUCCCGUCUCGCAGCCCAGCAGCGGCUACCCGACCCAGCCGGUGUCGUCGACUCCUGGUACCUCCGUGACCUCGACUCUCCCGGCCACCGUUCCUUCCUCCUCAAGCUACCCGGAGACCACUCCAGGCACUGAGUCCUCCUCGAGCUACCCCGAGACCACUCCUGGCACUGAGUCCUCCACUUCUACCCCGGAGACAACCCCGGGCACUGAGUACUCAACCAGCACUCCAGAGACGUCUCCUGGCACAACUAUUUACUCGACGGCACCCACUAGCGUCCCGGAGACGACCCCUAGCACUGAGUACUCGACCAGCACUCCAGAGUCAUCGUCUCCUAGCACUUAUGUGACCUCAACACUGCCUGCCACUGUCCCCUCCUCAUCCAGCUAUCCGGAGACCACUCCCGGUACUGAGUCCUCGACCAGCACUCCGGAAACCACACCCGGCACCGAGUACUCGACCAGUACCCCUGAGACUACUCCCAGUACUUACGUGACCUCGACGCUCCCUGCCACGGUCCCUUCCUCCAGCUAUCCUGAGACUACACCAGGCACCGAGUACUCGACUAGCACUCCUGAGUCAACUCCCGGCACCACCAUCUACUCGACUGCCCCGACUAGUGUCCCAGAGACUACCCCUAGCACUGUGUACUCUACCUCCGUUCCGGAGACUACCCCCGGCACCUCUGAGACCUCGACGCUCCCUGCCACGGUCCCUUCGUCCAGCUAUCCCGAGACCACCCCUGGUACCGAGUAUUCCACCACCGUCCCCGAGACUACCCCAAGCACUUAUGAAACCUCGACGCUCCCUGCUACUAUCCCUUCCUCCAGCACCCCCGAGACUACUCCCAGCACCGAGUACACGACAACCGUUCCGGAGACUACACCGGGUACUGAGACCACACCAGGCACUGAGACGACUCCCGCCACCACUUACGAGUGCCAUGGCUACGGCUGCAGCUACCCCGUCUCGUCUCCCCCAGGAACCACCAUCACCAGCAACGGCGCGAUCACCGGACCUAGCCUGACGCCGACCACCAGCUAUCCGGCGACUACUGAGGUCAUCGAGACGACGGAGACUCCCAUCACGACCUACAUCCUGAGCACUACGUCUAGCUCAGAGACCACCGAGGUCCUGCCUCCCACCACUGAGAUCCCUACGCCCUCGACUUACCCGGUGUCCUCGGAGACGACUGAGGUCCUGCCCCCCACAACCGAGGUCACCUCUCCCACCACCUACCCAGAGUCCACCCCUACUCCCCCGACCACCACACCCGGCGGCUAUGGCGGCAGCUACAGCUACAGCCACCGCACCACCCCCACCACAUUCGAGACGUCGUCCCGCCUGCCGGAGACCGUCCCACCGCCGGUCACGACCACCACCAGCCCGGGCUACCCCGUGACGACGCCCAAGACCACGACCUCCUCGCGCCGCUGGGGCUACGGCUACGGUGGCGGCGGUUACGGCUACGGCGGCCAGUACCGCCGGGCCGCUCCCGUUCCGGCCUAA